UCAUCAUUUCUCCGGAUAGCGCGUGAAGGGAGCCCGCAGGUCUGCUCUCGUGGCACUUUUCACUUUUACUGCCCUUCUGUGUGGUCCAGUAAGAUGGAAGUUUCUGUUCAUGCGAAAGCAAACAUGUUGCGUCUCCAUAUUCUGCAUUUCAUUAUAAUGCUUCUUAGAGUUACAGACUGUCGGAUCCUGGAGAAUCUACAACGCUAUGCCUCCCCUACUUACCUGCCUGUCAACUACCAGCUCAUCAACACAGAGUCCUCCUUCUUCCUCAAGGAGGCCACCCAAGACUUCAUGCGUAACUCUAGUUUCCUCUCCAGAACUGAACUUUUCUUCAUCCACCAGGCCAGAAAACCCCCAAUCAUCAAUGCCACAUAUGGGACACUCUCAGUGGAAGAGCCUGUUCCAUUGGACCUCUUACAGAUGCCUGGCUCCUUUGUGGCUUCAUCAACUCUCUUCACAUUCAACUGGAAAGUUGAGACCUUUGUUCUCAAUGAAAGGAUUUACUUGAACGAGCCCAAGGUGCAGGUAUUGUUCUACAUAGCUGGAAGAGACUGGGAUGACUACAGCGCAGUGGAUAAACUGCCUUGCGUACAAAUGUUCGCCUUUCAUGAAACCCAGGAGGUCCAUGGGAGCUGCAGAUUGAGAAGAGAGAUGGGUGUCUGCGUUGCAGAGCUUGAGCCUCUUCCUGGGUGGUUUGCACCUCCUAGUGUGGUUCCUGGACGCCAGAGGGGUCCAGAUGUUUCCGAGGGAACGGCCGUGGAGCUCUACUACAGCCUUCGUGCGGCAGAAGCCGGGGUUUGCCUUGGCGAGGAGUUAGGAGUCAAAAGCUCCGCUCACUCGGAACAAGAGGGUUUGUUUGGGUCACCGACCUCUACGGCGAUGAGGCGGAUUGGGAGUGUAAGAUUGUUCCAGACUCCAUCUGCUCCUGAAUUAUCAGAGCACCGUAUGGAUGGGAAUUUUGCAGUGUUGGUGCCAUCCACGCCAGUUCGGCUAAGGGAUACUGUGUCAGCAUAUGUUGCCGCUUCGCCGUACUCACCUGUGGAAAUGUUCACUCUCAGGGUGAAGUUAAAAGAUGGCGUGGCGUUCCUUGGUGCCCGACCCAGUAACCCCACACUCUGGAUGGUUAGUCAAGAUGUAAGAACAGAAGGUCAUAGGGUUGUGACCUUGCAUUGUCGCCGUAAGGAGUCCAGCUAUGGACAGAGUGUGGAGCCGGGCUGGCAGAGAGUCGUUCAGGUGGAUCUAGAGGUGGAUGGCAUCGGCAGUACAGUAGGCAGCAGGUCCAUUUCCUGGGCAGUGGAAUACCCAGGCAUCAGGGCUGGCACUGAAGAAACUGAGACACACAUCCACCUGGCACAGAAAGACCUAGUUGGCAUUGUGCCAUUGGCUAUGGAAACCGAGAUUCUGAACACAGCCGUGCUGAAUGGGAAGACAGUGGCUGUACCAGUGAAGGUGGUGACAGUGGGGACAGAUGGCACUAUAAUGGAUGUGUCAGACACAGUGCAGUGCCAGUCUACUGAUGAAGAUGUUGUUAAGGUAUCAGACAGGUGUGACUACGUCUACGUGAAUGGCAAAGAGAUGAGGGGGCGUGUUCAGAUGCUUUUGAACUUCACCUAUGGUUACCUGAAGGCCCAGCUGGAGGUGAAGGUUUGGAUUCCCAAACUGCCCCUGCACAUCGAAGUGUCAGAUACAGAACUCAGCCAGAUCAAAGGCUGGAGGAUCCCUGUGAACAGUAAUGCCCAGAGGUCAACACGGGACAGUGAGGAUGAUGAUGACGAAGAGCGGAGAGGAAAGACCUGUACACUGCAGUACCAGAGAGCCAUGGUGCGUGUGCUCACUCACUUUAUCGCCGAAUCCUCUGACACACGAGGUCAGGUGGCCCACAUGCUCGGAAGUGAUUGGCAAGUGGAUAUUACUGAACUUGUCUGGAACUUCCUGAAAGUAGAGAACCCACAAAUUGCCAGGCUGAAAGAGGGACGUGUUUUGGAAGGCAUGGACACGGGCAUGACCAGCAUUCAGGUUCUGUCCCCGCUGUCUGAUUCUAUCCUGGCAGAGAAGACAGUGAGGGUUGUGGAUGAUAGAGUGACCAUCACUGAACUGGGGCUGCAGUUGGUCAGUGGCCUCACGCUCAGCCUGCAGCUCAGCACAGGGAGCAACCGAGCCAUCAGCGCCAUGGCAACCACACAGGAAGUGCUCAGCAAUCCUAAACAGGAAGCACUGAUCAGUGCUUGGCUGCAGUUCAGUGAUGGCUCCAUGGCUCCUCUGGACCUGUACAACCCUGAGCACUUUCUUCUGACAGCUACCUCUUUGGAUGAGGAGGUGGUGUCUGUUCGGCAGGAUGCAGGUGGCUGGUGGCCGGUCAUUUCUGCAAGGGCUGAAGGUCAAGGUUUGCUGGUGCAUGUCGAGAUGACUGUAUCUGAAGUGUGUCUAAAGUUUAAACGCCGGAGCGUCCUGGCUGCUGGAAACUGCAACAUCCGUGUGAAGUUUGGUCGCAAUGAAAGCACACUGAGGCCAGGCGGCGGCGACUAUGGCCAGGAUAGACAGAACAAGGACAACAGACCAGGUGAUCGUAGACAGAACCCCUCUCUGCCAGAUAGGACUGGAAUGGACAACCAUUACUAUGGGAGCUCCAUCUCAGGCAUGGAGGAUGGAAUUAUGAGGCGAAUCACCACUACAACCAAAACGGCAAUCAUCAGGAGACCAGGUGGGGACAAGUUGUCAGAUGAUGGGAGCCAGGUGCCUGGAAUUCCCAUUGACUUCUCAGACAUUCCUGCACAAGUGGACCUCCCUCGAGGUGACAGUAUGGAUGAGGAUGACCUAAUUCAAAUGCCUCAUGGACUUACAGACCUUGAAAUUGGGAUGUAUGCUUUGUUAGGUGUCUUCUGCUUGGCCAUUCUGGUUUUCCUUAUCAAUUGUAUCUCAUACACCCUCAAGUAUCGACACAAGGAGAUGUCAAUCGAGGGCCAGGAGAGCAUGCACCAUGCCCAUGACUGGGUUUGGCUGGGAAACGAUGCAGAAAUUUUGGAGAGCAACAUUAAUUUGUCACCACAGACCGAUGAGAAUAUUACCAUUAUGGACUCCAGCUUAGGAGGACUAGAAGAAGGUAGCCACCUUCUUAACGGUGGAUCUUCACAGAAGAACGUUCAAGGCCAGGUACAUCGAGGAGCUGACAGCACUACAGUCUGCACAGGGAAGGACAGUAAAGGUAAUUCGCCAACAACCAAAAGGAAACGUGUUAAGUUUACCACAUUUACCUCCAUCCCAGUGGAAAGUGUUAGUCCUGUUAAGGAAAAUCUGGGGGCAGAUCCUGACGAUGACAUUAAGUGGGUAUGUCAGGAUGUUGAGGUAAGCGAAUCCAAGGAACUGCGAAACUACAUGGAGCGGCUAAACGACAGUGCUUUAAAAGAGAUUGCAUAG